AUGGAUGUAAACAAUGCAUUUCUUCAUGGUGAUUUGGAAGAAGAAGUAUAUAUGCAUUUGCCUCUUGGAUUACCAGCUAAUACAGACAGACAAGUUUGCAGAUUAAACAAAUCUUUAUAUGGGCUCAAACAGGCUAGCAGACAAUGGAACACUAAGCUGAAUAUUGCACUGCAAAAGAUGGGGUUCAAGCAAUCCUUGCCUGAUAAUUCCUUAUUUACAAAAGGAGAAGGUCAGUCUUUUAUAGCCCUAUUGAUAUAUGUGGAUGACAUAGUUGCUGCAAGUGCUGAUUUAGAAGCCAUCCAAGAGGUGAAAAACCAGUUGAAUGACAUGUUUCAAAUUAAGGACUUAGGGCCUAUGAAGUUUUUUCUUGGCCUAGAGGUGGCUAGACAUAGAAAGGGCAUAGCUGUUUGCCAAAGAAAGUAUGCUAUUGAACUACUCAUUGAUACAGGGUUCAUACACUCUAAACCAGUUCAUAGUCCCACUGUCCUCUCACAUAAGUUGAGCAAGAAUGAAGGUGAACCUCUUGAAGACAACACACAGUACAGAAGAAUAGUGGGCAAACUUCUGUACUUAACCAUUACUAGACCUGACAUUGGGUUUGCAACACAGCAACUAUCACAGUUCUUGGACAAGCCCACUGACUUGCACCUUCAAGCUGCCCACAGAAUCUUGAGAUACAUUAAAGCUGCUCCUGGCCAAGGGCUCUUCUUCCCAGUAGCUUCCAAUCUACAGCUGAGAGCUUUUUCUGAUUCAGAUUGGGGGGCAUGUGUUGACACAAGGAAAUCAGUAACUGAGCUAGGAAUUCAUCACAAUGGGGCUGCAUCUGUGUAUUGUGAUAGUAAAUCUGCAAUUGCAAUUGCAGAAAACCCUGUUUUCCAUGAGAGGACAAAACAUAUUGAGUUGGAUUGUCAUUUGGUAAGGGAAAGACUAAGCAAAGGGAUCAUCAAGCUUCUCCACAUCACUUCAGAAAACCAGCUAGCAGAUCCUUUCACCAAAUCUCACUGUCCUAAGUCAUUCAAUCACUACAUUUCCAAGCUUGGAUUGAUGGACCUAUACAAUCCAGCUUGA